CGGAGUGUCUAGCUUCUGCUAGUUACCAUUUAGCAUUGAUCACUUACUGGAGAAUUUCUACUAACUGGAAGUUGGAGCAUUGAACCAUUGGCUCAUGCUGUCUCUACGGCAUUUAUUUCGCUUCAAGAAAUUAUCGCCGAUCACGUAUUGCAGACGUUUUUCAUUGAAUAUGCCAAUCAGCACAGAUAUCGUUGGCGGAACGAAAGAACUGAGUGAUGAAAAUCGAAUCCCUUUGAUUGGAUUGGGUACCUCAAGGAUUGUUGGCCAGUUAAGUUUUGACACAUCCGUACUAGCUGCCCUCAAGGCUGGUUACCGCUUAUUCGAUACGGCUGAACGAUACGCAACUGAGGUAGAGCUCGGAAAUGCUUUGGAGAAAAGUCUGCCACAAGUUGGGCUUAAACGCGAUGACAUAUUUAUCAUCACCAAAGUGCAAAUCAUAGAUGGAAAUGCAUCAAAGUGGACAGAAGAAAGCGUUGAAGGAUCGCUGAAAAAGUUAAAAACAGACUAUCUAGAUAUGGUUUUGGUACACUUUCCUAAAGAUUAUGCCGGAAAAGAUGAUGCUUUUGAGAUAAAUAAGAUAGGAAGAAAAGAAGUUUGGCGAAAGCUUGAAGAAUUCAAAGAUCGCGGAAUCAUCAAAUCGAUCGGCGUGUCAAGCUAUGAAGUUUAUCAUUUGGUAGAGCUUUUCGAGUAUGCAAAGUAUCGACCUGUCAUGAACCAAUUCGAAUUUCAUCCUUACUACACUAGGCCAACUUUGGUCAACUUUUGCGAAAGAAAUGGAAUUUUUGUACAAGCAUUUUCUUCGCUUAUGUGGGGAAAUAAAGAAAUCCAGCAAGAAGAGAUCGUCAAGCAGUUGUGCAAAAAAUAUGGAGUCAGCCCACAGAUAAUUCUCUACGCAUUUGGUUUGAAUUCUGGUGUUGGAAUUAUUCCAAAAUCUGCAACUCCAUCGAGAAUACAAGACAAUCUACACAAAGUGGCAGCGAUUUCUUUCUCAGAAAGCGAACUGAAAGCCAUGCAUGAUCUCGACCGAAACGCUGCAUUCUGUUCUGUCUGCUACUCAUGGAAAUGCCUCUGA